CCCACGUUCCCCUCCUUUCUCGGCCUUCCUUCUUCUCUUCUUUCAACCAACAAAGUCAACAACACCUUCGACCUCCAACGCCCAACCAUAUUGAUCCUCGCAAUGCCCGAAUGGGCCCAACCACAAGUCGGUCUCUGUUUCGAUCCUUGGAAACUCACCCGAAAUACAGUUAGAAGUCAAGCCUGUCGAGUUACACAGUCAAAACGCGCUGGUCCGAACGACGACGACAGCCAUUCCCAUCGGGUCUUUCAGCCCUCUCGCUCAGAGCACGUCGCCUCCCCCACAGUUCUCCGAUUCCAGUUUUCCCGUAAAGGAAUGUCCCUGGUGGCCGCUCAGGUGUUCGGUUCUUCCGCAGUACGUCGCAGCUUCGAGUCCUGUAUCAGGAGCCUUCUCAAGCUUUGCCGCGCAUGGGAUUACUGCGGAUUUCGGGUUUUUUUCCCACCUUUUCCGGCGCCUAGAGUGAACUGGUCUCGGAACUUAACCCUAAGUAUACACUGGUCACAUCCCAAGUCUUGCGCGCUUCGGCAGUCAAAUCUACCCUUCGCCUUCUACGUCUGCGUCACCGUGUGUUUGCCUCCGGGGUCUAUGGCGCCGCUGAAAAGUUGCGUCCUCUGGGCUCUUGGUAUUCUACUGGGUGGCAAGGGCUGACUGGCAAGGGGAGAAGUUUCCAGUCAUCUUGUGCCGCUUCGGUGCGCAGAUGGGCGAGGUGUCCGGUCCCAUGAGUCAAAAGCCGGUAAGAACCUCUGGCCUGAGGUCGCUC